UAGUCUCCAUCAUUCCAUGUCUUUUUCGACCUCUCUACCCAUCAAAGUGUCUUCUUCUCUCUAUUAUAAAUUCGAAGCACCAAAUCGAAGUGCUCUCCCAUCAAGAGAAGAAAACACAUAGAGCCCAUUAAGAGAGACAGAGAUCUGUGGCUGCAGAGGCUAAUAAUCAAAUGGAGACAGGCCGAAGAGCCAUUCUCGUACUCGUGCUUCUGAUCGCGGCCAUCGUUUGCGGCUCCCAUGCUCAGACGAUUUGCAACGUUCCAUAUGCCGGUCUUAUGGCCUGCAAGCCGGCAGCAACACCACCCAACCCGCCGCCACCGACUGCAGCCUGCUGCACUGCGCUAUCCCAUGCCAACAUGGGCUGCCUCUGCUCCUACAAAAACUCGAAGCUCUUACCUUCUCUCGGAGUCGACCCCAACCUCGCUAUGCAGCUCCCCGACAAGUGCCAUCUCCCUCAUCCCGCCCGCUGCUGAAAGGAGAAGAUAUAACACAUAGAUCCAGCCCGUCAAUAAUAUUCAUACUUCUUCGAUCAUAACCAUAUAUAAUGAUUGAUGUAAUUUGGCGGGUCGGAAGAAUUCGGUGUGUUUGAGCUUUAUAUAUCAUGAGAAGCAUAGUUUACCUCAAAAAAUCUAAAACAAGAAAAUAUCGCUAUCUUGGUGUGACUCUUAUAUGUUGUUUAGGUGUCCUAUCGUGAGUUCAUGCUCACUACAGCAUUUAAAGUUAUGACAUAAUAUUCAAUGUACUGUAAUACUAUUUUUUUGCUGAAUAUGUACUGUAAUACUUAAUGCUUCUUCUAUAUUA